CACGAUAUGUCGAUGUGAUAUGAUACCCCUCAGCUGGCCUGAUCCCCCAAUGUAGCGACGACUCGACGAUACGCCCGCUCACCAUGUCCCUCCUCCAGAACGAAGACUUCGUCCUCUACCAGCUCCGCACCGCCUACCUCUCGUCCAUCAAGGACGGCGUCGGCGAGCGGCUGAUCAACGUCAAUGCCGCCGUCCUCAACAACCCGGCCUUCCGUGCCGCGGGGUGGGUGCCCAACGCCGCCGACAUCAAGCGCACCUACUCGCCGCCCAUCCCCACGGCCGUCACGUCCGAGUACUUCCAGGCCCCGCGCUCGGCUGGUCUGAAGGCGCCCGAGGGCUUCGACGACGACGACGAUGCCGGCAUGGUCACGGGCGGCGCGAGCAACGACACGGUGGGGCCAACGGUGCAUGCGAAGCCGCGCCGGCGCAAGGAGCCGCUGGACCAGGACGACAGCAGCGACCUCAGCGACGAGAGCGAUGACGACGACGACGCCCACCGCCCCGCCAACCAGAUCAAGUUCACCAAGAUGCCGCUGCGCACCCGCUCCGGCUCGUCGCCCAUCCGCGGCUCGGCCCUGCGCAACGAGCUGGCCGAAGCUGGGGGGCAGCCCUCGUUUGUGGUGACGUCCCCCUCCCAGCCGUCCAGCCUGCAAGUGCGUCGUGGCUCACUGAACAUGGUCGACACGGUCCAGCAGCGCACGCGCCGAGACACCAUCACGAGCAGCGACAUGUCGUCCGAGAACGAGAUCGACAGCACCAACUACAGGCGGCGCCGCGCCAAUGCCCGCAAGGUGCCCAAUGCCAAGCAGCUGCUCUCCCAGCGCAUCGAGGAAGACGAGCGCGAAGCAGAGGCUGCCAGUCUCGACCCCCUGCACGAGGGCAACGAGUCGGACAGCUCCAUGUCGUCCGAGUUCUCGGGCUCGGCGGAUAGUGAGUCGCUCAUGGGCGGCGGUGGCGACCCGCUCGACUCGUCGCCGACUACAGAGCUGCCCAACAUGUCCACUCUGACGCCCUUCAAGACGUCGCCCCGGAAGAAGAAGGAACCUCUUGAGCCGAUUCUUCAAGCACUGCCGCCGCCAAGGCCCAUCAGCUUCGUCCUGCCUGUGAGCGCCCUCACUCAAGCCCUGCAAGCCAAGGAGCAGAAGCCUUCCAAUCCCCUGCAGCGGUUUGCUGGCUGGAAUGCCGCUAGUGAGGCCCAGCAGAACCCCCUGUACAUCAAGCUCUACUGCCCCUUCGCAGCCAAGCCCUCGAAAGCCGUCGAGCUGCUGAUCCGGAAGUUCAACGACAAGGGCGAGGCCAUCUCAGUCGCCGAGGCCAUUGGCUAUGCCCUGCACCGCUACCAGGAGGAGAAGCUGGAACCGCCACUAGCCCCGGAGAAGAUGAACGUCAACUGCUGGGUCAUGCGCAUGUACGACGACGGCGAGGUCGACGACGAGUUCCCGCCACUGACACGCAACAAGCCCCUGAAAGACUUCGCCUCCAACAACGCCCGCGGCAUGCGCCCUCGCGCGCGUGACAAGCCAUGGGACGAGUUCGCCCUAGUUGAAGCCUCCGCGCGAGAAGUAACAGAGGCCGAGAAACUCACCCCAAUCUACAGCGAAGAAGCAGCCGCCGCUCUCGCCUCACAAAAAGACGCCCCAGACUCGCCCGACGACGCCACACCCCUCAAACCCCAACCCAUCCCCAGCCGCGCAAAAAGCUUCCGCAACCCCAUCACAGGCCCCUCGUUCGCCCCGACAGCAACCAGGAAGAACACAAGCAACCUCGCCGACGCGCCAACCGUCUCCGCCUCCCACGCCGCCUCCCGCAUCGGCGCGCCCAGAACAAUCACAGUACAUUUCACAGACGAACACUUCAACGCUAAACACAUCCCCGUCCCCUGCACAACAGACACGUAUAUCGCCGAGGUCUUCGACCGCGUGUGCCGCGACCUGCAUCUCGACAAAGGUCUAUACAUCCUCAAAGUCAGCGGGUCAACCACCGUCGCGCCGUCAGACCGCACAGUCGAGGCGCUAAACACACACAUGGACCUAGACCUCUCGCGGCGCCGCUUCGUCGGCGACGGCGUCUUCGGGCUUUCCGGCUCGCCCGGGUCAUCAUCCCCCAACGCCCCGCUUAUCAUCUCCACCGGCGCCGUCCCCAAAAAGACAAAAAAGAGCGACCGCGUCCACGCCUCAGCUCUAUCCCGCACCGCCGACCCGUCGUCCGCGGCCCUCGCCCUCUCCUCAACAGGGUACUACCGCCGCUACGCCGUCCUCCGCAAACAACCCAUGUCCUUCGCCUCAUCUACCGCGCGCAUCCUCGCCCUAGAUAACGAGUACAUACACAUCAUGCCCGGCGAGAAAACGGGCGAGGGCAAGACGACGACGGUGCAUUUUAGUAGCGUGGUCGGGAGUAAGGUGAGUAAGAAGCAUCCGCGCAUGUUUCGGGUUAUUGUUUUUAAGGAGAGGGAGACGAAGAGGUAUGAUUUUGAGGCGGGGGGGGUGGAGGAGGCGGGCGAGAUUGUGAGGGAGAUUAAGAGGGGGGUGGGGAGGUUCCAGGAGGGUAUUGUUUAG